AUGCAGGUCCACGAUGUUAAGGAGGAGACAGAGGAUUACGCUAUCUGCAAGCCACCGGCGGGACACGAGGGAGGAUCUCCUGUUGCCGUGGAGACCGGGAAAAGGUCGUCAGCAGAGAUUGUUCCCGAUACGAAUCAGUCCACCAGCAGCAAGAGGCCCAGAGUCUCCGGCGAGAUGAGGCGGCGUUUCCCGGACGAUGGCGGCCGGCACGAGCCGCUCUGCCUCUCCACGGCGGGAGAGAAGUCCCGAUCCUCCUACAGGAAGCCGCUCUUCAGCAUCUCCCACCGGAUCUCCGACCGCAGGAACCCGCCCAUUCUGGAGCCGCAGAACCAGACCCAGACCCAGACCCAGACCCAGAACCACCUCCACCACGGGGGGCUGAACCUGAACCAGUUGGACCUCUGCGGGCUCCUCUCCUCCAAGCUGCAAAACCCCGAGCAGAACGGGGUUUCGGAGCCCCCCCCCCCCCCGGCCCUCACCCCGCCCCCCCCCCCCCAAACCAGCCUGUACCCGCCCAUCGAGAAGAUGUUCUUCAUCCUCAACACGCUGAACUCCAGCAUGACCCAGCUGCACAGCAAGGUGGACCUUCUGACCCUGGAGGUGAUGCGGAUAAAGAAGCAGAUCAAGCCGCCCGCGGAGAAGGUGACGGAGUUCCAGCCCCCGCCCGAAUACCUCCUCACCAGCGAGGAGCUGAACCAGCUAAUGGAGCAGACCUCGGGCCCCGGGGAGCUGGGCUGCCGGCUGCUGGUGCACCUCUUCCCGGAGCUUUUUAAAGCCAGGGAGUGCGGCCACGACUGCGUGGCCAGCAAACGCACCCUGGAGUCGCUCCACCUGCAGCUCAUACGCAACUACGUGGAGGUCUGCUACCCCUCCGUCAAGGCCAACGGCGUCUGGCAGGAGGAGUGCCUCCUCCAGUCCUACCGCUUCAUCAACGAGCAGGGCGAGGAGGAGACGGUUUCCGUGGACGAGCCGGAUCCCUCCGAACCUGAACUCAGCACCCCGACCGAGGAGGAGCUGGACGAGUUCUCCUCCCCCGAGGACUUCGUCAUCUUCCUCAUGCACCGGCUCUUCCCCGAGGUGUUCGAGGAGCGCCGGACGCCGGAGCGCCCGGGUUGCCUCGGCAACGUGGGCCAGCUCAUCCUGGACUCGGACAAGAUGGACGUGAGCCACUUCCAGCCGGAGCUGGACGCCGAGGCCCCGUCUCUUCCCCCGGAGAAAAGCAGCAAGGACUUCUGCAAGAUCCCCCUGGAGGAGCUGAUCGUGCCGCGGCCCGACUUCCCGGUGCCGCCCGGCCACCUGCUGUCGGACGGAGAGGUAAGGGAGGUGGUGCAGCAGAGCCUGUCGGUGGGGAACUUCGCCGCGCGGUUGCUGGUUCGACUCUUCCCGGAGCUCUUCACGCAGGACAACCUGCGGCUGCAGUACAACCACUCGGGCGCCUGCAACAAGAAGCAGCUGGACCCGGUGAGGCUGCGGCUCAUCCGCCACUACGUGGAGGCCGUGUACCCCGUGGACAAGAUGGAGGAGGUGUGGCACUACGAGUGCGUGCCCAGCAUCGACGAGCGCUGCCGAAGGCCCAACCGCAAGAAGUGCGACAUCCUCAAAAAGGCCAAGAGGUCCAGCACCGUGUCCUAG